UUUUCGAUUUUAUUGCUUAGUUUAAUCCAAAAUACUAGAAGAACAUAUGUUACCAGUAGUGGACACGGUUGAGCAAACACAUAUGCCAGGGAAUGUAGUAUCUCCUAAAGUUUUGAUGGAUUUAAUACCAAAAUUAAAAAUUUCUAUGCAAGAAACGGAUAAAAAUGAAGUAAUAAAAAAUUCAGAGCAACAUUCAUCUGUUUCAUGGGAUCCAGAUACUUGUGAAAACUUAUAUAUUACGCUGGAAGAGCAAAUUGAAUCAAAAGAUACAUUAGCUCGAGAACAAGCCUUAAAAGCACUAUUAUUAACAUUAGAUGCAACAAAUAAAAGAGUUGAGCCGUAUCUGGUUCGUUUAUUACCGAGGGUUCUGAAGCAAGUUGGUUUGGAGAAGGUGGCAGCCGUCCGAACACAAGCAUCUACGGUUGCUGAAGAUAUUAUUAAAACAAUGAAUCCAUAUGCAGUUAAAACAAUACUUUCCCAUGUCACAAAUUCGAUUAAAACAUCGGGAAAAUGGAUGGAAAAGAUGUGCGCAUUCCGAUUACUGGAUAUGCUGGUUGAAAAGGCGCCGUGCCAGAUGUCAUAUAGACUUCCGGAAUUAAUUCCAAUUUUAUCAGAAUCUAUGUGGGAUACAAGAACAGAUAUUAAGAAUCAAGCACGUAAAACGAUGACGAGUGUUUGUACAUUAAUAUCUAAUCCGGAUAUUGAUAAGUUUAUUCCGGUUCUUAUUGAUUGUAUUGCCCAACCGGAAAAAGUUCCGGAAACCAUUCAUACGCUUGGUGCAACGACAUUUGUUCAAGAAGUACAUGCGUCAACGUUGUCCAUUAUGGUUCCUUUGCUUUACCGGGGUUUAAAUGAGCGUGAGACAACGAUUAAACGAAAAUCCGCUGUAAUUAUUGACAAUAUGUGUAAACUCGUUGAAGAUCCUUAUAUUAUUGCACCAUUUUUACCGAAGCUGAUACCAACGCUUGAACAUAUUAAAGAAACGAUUGGAGACCCCGAAUGUAGGUCAGUAGUUAACCGCUCUUUAGCUACAUUGAUUCGUGUUGGAAAUGUUAAAGAAGGAAAAAUACCCGAGGUUUUGAAUAUCGCUAAGCCAGAAAAUUGUAUGGAAACACUUCUUUCAAUUCUUAAAGGGCAGGAACUAGUACCGGUAUCGGAUGUUUAUUUAAAUUAUAUUUCAUGUAUAGCAUCUCAGCUUAUUGAUGAGAAGAACAAUGAAGUUGUUGAUUGGGAUGUUAACAUUUCUCCAUAUCUGCAACCUAUUAUACUCAAGGCAGAUAUUAAUUGUAUCAUUGAUCAAUUUAGGAAACGAUCUAUUUCGGGUUUCCAUAGUUCUUCCGCUGAAUCAGAAGAGGAAGAAGGAGAAGAUUUAUGUAAUUGCGAAUUUUCUCUUGCAUAUGGUGCAAAAAUUCUUUUAAACAGGACAUCCCUGAAUCUCAAGCGUGGUUAUAGAUAUGGUCUUUGUGGGCCUAAUGGUUCCGGAAAGUCAACUCUUCUUCGCUCUAUUUUUAACGGUCAACUUGAGGGUUUUCCUACAGAAUUAAAGACAGCAUAUGUCGAACAUGAUAUCGAUGAUACGGAAUCAAAAACAUCUGUUUUUGAUUUUAUAGCAAAUGAUCCAUCAGUCGUUGUUAAGAAUAAACAGGAAGUAAUAAGUUCGCUUUUGGAACAUUCUUUUACGGAGGAUAUGCUUUCAAUCCCUAUUUCCAAUCUUUCUGGUGGAUGGAAGAUGAAAUUAGCUCUUGUUCGUGCUAUGCUUCGACAGGUCGACAUUUUAUUGUUAGAUGAACCCACGAAUCAUUUGGACGUAAAGAAUGUUGCCUGGCUCGAGAAUUUCCUAACUUCACAAACUCAUAUUACUAGCAUUAUUGUUUCACACGAUUCUAAGUUCUUGGAUAACGUCGUUCAAGCUAUCAUUCAUUACGAACAUUUUAAACUUAAAAAAUAUAUGGGUAAUAUGAGUAAAUUUAUUACAUUAGUUCCAUCUGCUCGGUCUUAUCAAGACAUUUCUAUGUCUGAAAUUGAGUUUUCAUUUCCAGAACCAGGUUACUUGGAGGGAGUUAAGACUAAGCAGCGUGCUAUUUGUCGUAUGCGAGACAUAGAAUUUCAAUACGAAGGAACUAGCGAGCCUCAAAUUAAAAAUGUUUCGCUCCAGGUUUCUUUAUCAUCACGUAUUGCUGUUAUAGGUCCCAAUGGUGCAGGAAAAUCUACCUUAAUUAAAGUUCUUUGUGGUGAACUUAUCCCACAAAAAGGUGAAGUUUGGUGCCAUCCUAAUCUUCGAAUUGCAUAUGUUGCUCAAGCUGCAUUUGUACACCUGGGUUCUCAUGAAAAUAAAACGCCAUCUGAAUAUAUUCAAUGGAGAUACCGAACUGGCGAAGAUUCCGAAACCAUAGAUAGAGCCUCUCGACAAUUAACAGAAAAUGAUGAACACCUUAUGAACAAGAUCUUUAAAAUCAAUGGAACCAGUAGAAAAAUUCAAGGAAUACAUUCUCGAAGGAAGCUUAAAAACUCGUAUGAAUACGAAUGUUCAUUUCUUGUUGGAGAAAAUGUUGGAGAAAAAAAUGAACGAUGGGUACCAUUACCUAGUAUGAAUAAUGAAUGGUUACCACGAGGAGAAUUGAUUGAAUCUCAUUCCAAAAUGGUCGCAGAGGUUGACAUGAAAGAAGCUCUAAAAUCAGGAUCUUUUCGUCCUUUAGUUCGUAAAGAAAUUGAGAAACAUUGCGAAAGUUUUGGACUUGAUGCAGAAAUUGUUACACAUUCGAGAAUUAAAGGCUUAUCAGGUGGUCAGAAAGUUAAACUUGUCCUUGCAGCUGGUUCAUGGUUAAAACCUCAUGUUAUUGUUUUAGACGAGCCUACGAAUUAUCUUGAUCGUGAUUCUUUAGGCGCUCUUUCUAAAGCUCUUAAAAGUUUCGAAGGAGGUGUUGUUAUCAUUACACAUUCAGUCGAGUUUACAAAGAAUCUUACUGAAGAAGUUUGGAGUGUGCAAAAUGGACAAAUGACACCAUCUGGGCAUAACUGGGUUCAAGGUCAAGGAACAGGACCUAGGCUUCAAGAACAAGAGGAGGAGGAUACGUUUGAUGCAUUGGGUAAUAAAAUUGAGGCAAAAAAGAAGGCCAAAAAAUUAACCAGUUCCGAAUUAAGAAAGAAGAAAAAGGAACGUAUGGCUAGACGUAAAAAAGGUGAAGAAGUCUUUUCCGAUGAAGAUGAUUAGAAGAAAAGUUCGAUUCACUCCUAAUUUAGCUCAAUAAAAUGCCCAA